GAAAGUUACCCCCCGCGACACUUCAACAAACAUCCACAAUGGCUAACGGAAGGAGGGGAUCCCAUGGAAAGGCUAAGUCAUCCGCGCCAGCAAACAGUACCCAGCAAGACGCACGCGAGACUUCGAAUCCUGCGGAGCACGACGAGCGUCGAGAGCGCAGCGUACCCCCACUAACUGCUCCGACGAGCCAACCGCGACAUGAUGCAAAUCUGACAGCGCCGCGUUACGCGACACUGGCUGAGACGAAUCUCUUGAGUGAGAUAAAUCGAUUGAAAGAACAACUCGAGGCAGAGAAGCGCGCCCGCGAAGCUGCCGAAAAACGAGCAAGCGAAACAGCUGCGGCAGCUGGUAGGCGCGCAAGUAAUGCCUCGCACGAGCCCGUCCUGAAGCCUAAAGGCUCGGCUGGGCAAGGGAUUUGCUUGAUAGAAGUCAUGGGCCUGCAAGACGACGUGGAACAGUACAACACGAUUCUGCGUGACGUACGAGACCUUGUUCACUCGGCACAACUGGAUUGGACGGUGGACUAUCGUGAACAGCCAAUGGCAGAUUUAGGAAAUCUCUUUGCGGUGGCUCGUCAGAGACACCCAAUCCUUGCAAGGUUCAAGAAUGACUGGGUGACCUCUGAAAUCGUCAAGCAAUUCAUGCGGAAUCGACGCAAGUUUGCAUAUCGGAAGGGCGUACUUCACCCGACGACCAAGCACAACCGCGUCCGCUCAUCACGAAACACCGGCGCCAGUUCGGGUACGGAUACGAACUCCGGGCUUUCGAAUCAGAACCGCCGAGUCAUUGGCCACGUCGAACCGGCGCAGGACGAUGGAGACGUGCACGCUGCGGCUCCUGCAGCUGCAGAAAAGACAAGGCCCCGUCCACGGAAGAGGCGCAGGGUGCAUGAUACGGAGGAGGCACCGGAGCAGGGUCGGGAUGCGGAACAAUAAGUAGAUCAUGAUAUCGCUGUGGUAAUACAAGAAUAUAUCAGUUACUCUGCUG